GCAUGGUAGUGGUGCAUGCUUGGAAUUUUUCAACUCUGGAGGCUGAAACAAGAUGGUCACUUGAAACCGAAAGCGAAGAAGGAAGCUCCUGCCCCUCCCAAAGCCGAAGCCAAAGCGAAGGCCUUGAAAGCUAAGAAGGCAGUGCUGAAAGGUGUCCACAGUCACAAAAAGAAGAAGAUCCGAACGUCACCCACUUUCCGGCGGCCCAAGACCCUGCGGCUCCGGAGGCAGCCAAAAUAUCCUCGAAAGAGUGCACCCAGGAGAAACAAGCUUGACCACUAUGCCAUCAUCAAAUUCCCACUGACGACCGAGUCGGCUAUGAAGAAAAUAGAGGACAACAACACGCUUGUGUUCAUUGUGGAUGUUAAGGCCAACAAGCACCAGAUCAAACAGGCCGUGAAAAAACUCUAUGACAUAGAUGUGGCCAAAGUCAAUACUCUGAUACGGCCUGACGGAGAGAAGAAGGCAUAUGUUCGCUUGGCUCCUGAUUAUGAUGCUCUAGAUGUUGCCAACAAGAUUGGGAUCAUCUAAAGUGAGU